CUCAUUCUUCAAAUUAUCAUUUCCCUUUUCUUCUCCACUUAUACCAUUAAACAAGAAAAAAACCAACAAUAUUAUGACUGAUUUCACAGAUUCCCUCAUUAAAAACUUUGGUGCGCAUUCUGCAAACCCAGUUAUGGCUUCAGUUAACAUGGCUGAAUUAGGUGAGAAGCUCCGUCAAGCUCGUUCAUCCACAAUUGCUUCAUUAUCCAACGCUUUAUCAUCGAAGAAGCAACCUACUGCCACUACUACUGCCACUCUCACAAACAACAACGUCACCACCGCCCCAACUGCUAAAACAGCAACGCAUUCUCCUUCUGGAGAAGCAACAGGAAGACUUGAGGUCAAUAUUGUUGAAGGUCGCAAUUUGACAAUUACCGAUGCUCUUAAGGCAGAUACAUACUGCAUUGUUCAUUAUGAAGGCAACUCCACUUCUACCCUUGAUAAAAGUGAAGAUGAUAUUGUUUCUUCCACUGACAAUGAAACGAAGCCUACCAAGGCCAAUGCCUAUAAAGCUUUUGAACUAAUGAUGAAGGCCAGCUCUCCCAAGUGGAUGCAUCGUGCCACUUUUGAUGUUACAAGCGGUGACAAGGAACUAUUUGUCUUUGUUUAUGACCGUGGUAAUAAGUUACCUAACGGUGAGGAUCGUUUCUUGGGUAUGGCAAGCAUCACCCCCAGAUUGAUCAGCAACAAAACUGUUGAACUUAUUUUCCCUUUGAAGCCUCGUCCCACUGAUAAUCAAGAAGUCACUGGUGACGUCCGUCUUCAAGCUACUUACAUGAAUGCCAAGAAGGACAAACUCAUUCCUGAAGAUUUCCGUAUUAUUCGUAUGAUUGGACAAGGUGCAGUUGGCAAGGUCUACGAAGUAAUCAAGCGUGAUUCAGGCCGUAGAUAUGCUAUGAAAGUGUUGUCUAAACGUUGUUUGGCAGCUGAAAACGAAAUCGAUAAUGUUAUCAACGAACGUAACAUUUUAGCGAAGACUCUUUCUAGUCCUUUCAUCGUCAAUCUCAAGUACACUUUCCAAACUGCUAAUCAUUUAUUUGUCGUUAUGGAUUACUUCCCAGGUGGUGAGUUGUAUGAUUUUUUGGAACGUGAAUUCUGCCUAAGUGAAAGUCGCUGCCGAUUAUUUGCUGCCGAGAUUCUUUGUGCUUUCAAUGAUAUUCACGCUCAAAAUGUUGUUUACCGCAACCUCAAGCCUGAAAGUGUUUUAUUGGAUGCUAGUGGACAUAUCGCUUUGACAGAUUUUGGUUUGGCUAAGCUCUUGAAGAACGCUGAUGAUAAGAUUGAAGAUGUUCCUGAACACAUUACACCUGAAUACCGCGCUCCUGAAAUAGUUGAAAAAAAGCCUUAUGGUAAGGCUGUCGAUUGGUGGAGUCUUGGUAUCUUAUUAUUUGAGCUCAUGACUGGUUGUCCUCCUUUCUAUUCUGACGAUGACAGUCUAUUACAAAAGCAAAUAUGUGAAAGUCCUAUUGAAUUUCCUGGUAGUAGCUGUAUAUCUGAAGAAGCUAAAGACUUUGUCUACAAGUUGUUGGAACGUGAUCCCUCUAAGCGUUUAGGUGCUAAUGGCGUGGCUGAAGUAAAAGCUCAUCCUUUCUUAAAGGAUAUUAACUGGUCUGCUGCUAUUAAGAAACAAUUACAACUUCCAUUUACACCCGAAAUUGAAGAGGAACUUAUUGAGGAAGCUAUUGCUGCUGCCACUACUGGCAUUGAUAUUGCAGAUAAUGAAGUGAAAGAUGCCACAACCGCACCAAAAGCUACUGCUACUGCCGCUGAUGAGUCCAAGUUCAAAGGGUUCAGUUAUGUACGCGACGAAAAUAUGGAUGAUAAUGCAAAGAAGGGUGAUCAUCCCCUUGGUGUGCAGCCUGAAGAUGAGGAUCCCGAAGUUGAUUUCUGGUUUAGAAACUAGACAAUGAUAACCGAGAGUCGAGAAGCCUUGAGAAGAAAUUUUGUUUUUGUUAUUUGAAUAUAUGUAUUCCUUUUUUUCCUGAUAUAUUAUAUUAUUCAUUUGUAAAUAUUCUGCAUUUCAUGCAUGCUUUCAUUAUAUUAACCCGAUACUAUAUUAGCUUUUCUUUUUGCUUAAACUUACUUAUUGCACUACAUUCACAAAAUGGGAGUAUUCAUUUCGGCUUUCAUGUAUCUCUAACCAAAUAAGCUGAUAACCCUACAGACGAUUGAGCAAUCAGUGAAUAUUUUAACAAAUACACUUAUAUUUUACAGCCAACACAGUUAUCAUUUUUAC